AUGAGAUAUGAUUUUUGGAGUAAUGAGCCAGUGGAUGAUAGAGGUGCAAGUGGAGUGAUCAGCGAAGAAGACAGAAUAGCUGCUAAUGUAGAGGCACUUCCUGAUGGAUUUGAAUUUGACAAUCAAAGUGAUAUUGCAGAGAUAGCGGAGUUUCUUGAACGAAACUAUGUUGAGGAUGUGAGUUCAGGGCACAGUCUUAUGUAUUCACGAAAGCUUCUUGAAUGGAUGUUUAACAGUGAAUCUGGCAAGAGAUACCGAAUAGUGUUUAGAGAAAGUGGAGUGAUGGUAGGAUUUAUUUAUGGGAGAAAGCAUAAGCUGGUUGUGAAUGGUGAAGAUGACAAUGUGCUUGGUGUGAAUCUGCUGUGUGUGAGUAGGAAGCAUCGUGGAAAGCGGAUUGCGCCUCUGCUUAUUAAAGAGAUAGUGAGGCAAGCAAACGUAGAUGGAAUAUACCGUGGUGUAUUUACAGCUGGGAACGAGCUUUUUUCGUGUGUUUGUGUAGGAAGAUACUAUCAUCGGCCGCUACGAAUGGAUAGGCUUGUUGAAGCAGGCUUCUGUGACCGGAUGGUGCCAGUGAAAAAGCUUGAGGCACGCAAGGGAACCAGAUUAGCAAGAAGCGAAGAUAUGGAAGUGAUAAGAAUGCUAUACCUGAAGGAAAUUACAAAGCACGCCUUGCAUGAAGAGAUGGAUGAAAACAUUACAGACCUAAGAUGCCUGGAUGAUGUUAUAUACACAUAUGUUCAUGAGUCAGUAGAUGGAAUAAGCGAGUUUGGAAGUUUUUUUGUGAUUGAUACAGUUGAGAAGGAGAGUGGAAAGAAAAUACGUGGCGCAUACAUGUGGUAUAGAGGAGGUGAAGACCUGCGCAUGAUUGUGAAUGAUCUGAUGUAUUUUGCAGAGAAAUGUGGUUGUGAUGUGUUUAAUUGCUUAGAUAUAAUGGGGAAUGCACUGUUUCUGAAGGAGCAUGAAUUCUGUAUUGGAACUGGAGUGUUAAGAUAUUACCUCUAUAAUUGGAAAAUGGAAAAAAUAGACAAGAGCAAGGUAUUUUUUGUAUUUCCUUGA